AUGAGACAAGGAAAACGGAAGAUCGAUGGCAUCACUCUGAAGAUUUCAAAAUCGUGUGGCAAUCAGGGCAAUGGGUCGCCAGCCAUUACCGAACACUCAUACCUUCAGACUCAGACCUCAGUCCCAGUCAUCUCCACCCAACAUGAUUUGGUGCCUAGGCCUAGAAACUCGAGCCACGCAUAUAGCCCUUCUUCUGUUCAAUACACUUCAGUCUCUAAGGCUCAGCCCGAUAUGGAAGUAGAUCGCGUGGAAUUGAAAUCUUGUGACCAAAAUAUUGAAAGCCAUCUAGGCAACAUUUGCACUUUUGAUGGCACGCAUGUGCUGUCUGAACAUAGCAAAGCCUGGAUCAAAAGUAUCACUGGCGAAGACAUUUCUUUGCUACCAUUCCCACAGACUCGCCAUACAGAAAACCCUCUAUCUUGGAAUGCAAUCGGCUCACAGGACUCAUGCCUACCAGACAAGACCUUUGUCUACCGCCAGCUGGCAAGCUACCAGAGGUCUAUCUUCGGACAAUUUUUCCCCAUCCUGGACUUGCCACUGUUCUGGGAAACAGUCAGCACUGCAUAUCAAGGAUCUGGGCCUAGGAGCGGUAAACGUUAUUAUAAAAACGCUCUGUGUCUUGUGCCGGCUGUUCUCAAAGGACCGCCCUCUUGGACUACAGACUCUUCUUCUGCUGUCACUGCCAGUCGCAAUCUCCUGGGAAGUUUUCUUAACUCUGGAUUCAACCUUGGGUCCCAGAACCUACUGUUCUGCUUGUCAUAUUUCAUGCAAGCUAGCUUUAACCUAUUCUGCAAAGUUCUUUCCCAAACUUCUGAUGCCAGUGACUUCGAGGACGUCAUUUUAAUCAUAAAGAUUUCCAUAGUCAUCGAGGAGCACUUAAACCGGGAUACCCCUGACCAUUUUGAUGGGAAAAUAGCGUUUGUCCCACAAUUCAUCCCUGAACUCAGUCGACUCGGAGAACGCAUUCUGCUGAAAUCUUUCGGAUGUGAAAAAUAA